CUUUCUUUUAACUUUAUAUAUACAUAUAAUGCCACUUGUUACAAUGGAAAUGAGCUUGAAAGAAGCUUUAAAGAAGGCCGAUAUUACACCUAAUAUUGUCCCCGAAGAUUUUACUCCUUCUACUAUAAUCAAUGUUCAAUUCCCUAAUGGUGAAGACGUUGCUCUUGGUAAUUUCCUUAAACCCUCUGAAUCCAGCGAAACACCUAAAGUGACCUUUGUUGCACCAGAUGAAAAUGCCAAAUAUACUCUCUUAGUGGUGGAUCCUGAUGCUCCUACUAAAGCGAAUCCUAAAUGGGGACCUUAUCGUCAUUGGAUUAUUACUAAUAUUCCAGGUUCUGCUGAUUUCUCUCAAGCAAAUGAACAAGAGCCUUAUCUUGGUCCUGGCCCUCCACCUAAAACAGGUGAUCAUCGUUACAUUUUCUUACUUUACAAGCAACCUGAAGCACAAGCUGUUGAUUUUGGUACUUUAUCUAUUGAAAAACGUAACAACUGGGAAUAUCAGACACUUAUUGAAAAGAAUCAACUUGAAUUAGUUGCUGUUAACUUUUUCAUUUCACGUCAUGAUGACAAUGAAUAAAAUAAAAUAACAUAAAAUAACACACACAAAAAAAAA